AAUUUUGUGCUCUACCGAAGGUUAACUCCAAAAUUAUGUGGGCAGAUACAGCGUUUUGAAUCCAUAUCAAAUUUGAAAACACAAAACCAAUGGUUUAAUGACCAUGCUUCGACCGUAGGAUUCGCAAGAGAAAUUUUUGAAUAA